AGGUAGCUAGCGUUGGAUGUGUUCGGACAUAGAUUCGUCUCGGUGUGACUCGCGGUGUAUUCCCAUCUGUAAGAGGGAAGCAUAGUGUACAAGAUAGCUGAGCAGUGGAAAAAAAACCAGCCGUAGGGAAGAAUAUUUGCUAAGAAAGGUUGGGUUGCAUUGUUUCUUCAUUGCGGAUAGCAGAUUAGCGAACGAUGUUGCGGUUUUACGGAUCGGAGAAGAUAUUGUGUGGAAGAUCUAGGCUAGGCUGAUAGCCCUCCGGAUGGAAGAUUUAGUGGUUUGAAGGAAAAAACGGCAAUCUUUUUUCGUUUUCAAAUCACAGUUUUCAUUCUCAGGGAUCGGAGAGAUGGAGUGAAUUUCUCUAAAGAGGUUGUCCAGAUUUUCUCGCACUCUCCCUGGAUGAGUACAUGCUGUAUGAGUGUGUGUGUGUGUGUGUGUGUCUGACUAGAAGAAGAAACUUGUUUCGCGUGGUUGCGUGCGAGUGUGCUGUGAAUAAAUGCGGGUGUGCAACACACGAAGCACUGGGCUAGAACAAUAACAAAAUAAUUCUGCCUGCUUGCUUGCCGCGGCGCUCUUCUGCACAGCAGCAACGGUAACAACGAAAGACUACACAACAUAACAUCAAAAUAACGGUCGCGCACACCAUCAUCAGGCUGGGCCUAGUUGAAAAGUGAGAAAUUAUCGAGCCGUGUAAACAUAUAUUUGACAUUAUACUUUCGUGUGCGGAAGCGAUUGUUUGAAUUUUCUUGUUUUCGGAUGUUGUUUUUCCGGCUGAUAAUAUUGGCAUGUAUUUGUAUUUGUCCCAUUUAGAGGUGUGAAACUACGCAUGCAUGCGAGUCCGUUUGUUUGGUGCUAUUUUGGAUGAAGUGUCAGUCUAUCGACACUACAAACGAAAUCAACAAACCAAAUGAAGUGUUAACAGAAAUUAGGAUUUUAUCGAAAUAGUAGAAUAAGGCAAACCAUUGUUGUGAUACGACGCUCGAAAGAAAAACAAUUCCAAAUGUGUACGCGUGCAGCCGACCGUUGCCGGUACCACCAACCCAAGUGAAACUUUGCUCUGCACCCAACCCCCAAACCCCCCCCCCCCCUUGUUUUGGCAGAAUAGUCGCGUUUCGCGCGUUUUCCUUCCUUUUUUUUGUUGUGUAGAAAAAUAUAUCGACGGCAAACUGCAGAACAGUUGCUGGCACAAACACAAACCACGUAAACGACACGCAUUUGUGUGUGCAACAGUGCGUCGGCGGCGGUAUGUCCAGCUGGGCGCAACGAAUGCAUCGCCGGGCAGCGACCCUCGGCAGUGUGGUCACCUCGUGUGGCCACCCGGGUUCGCCCUAUCCGCAUCGGCUCGAAAAGGUUAAGUUUGGCGUCCCGCUGGACGAAGUGUGCAAAAACGACAUUCCCGGCCCCCUGCUGGUGCUCAUACUGAAGCUGAACAAGGAGGCACCCUUCCGGAAGGAUGUGUUCCGGGCACCGGGUCACCAGGGCGCGAUGAAGAAGUUGAUCCACUUCCUCCAGCAGGGCCGGCUGGUCAACGUGGACAACUACUCGGUGUACACGAUCGCGUCCGUUCUCAAGAAGUUCCUGCGGAAGAUCCCGGGGGGCGUGUUUGGCCGGGAAGGCGAAACGGAACUGUUUCACAUCGUAGACAUCGAGGAAGAGCAGGUCCAGCAGGAGAAGAUUCACAAAUUACUAAUGUCACUGCCAGGCCACACACAGCGCCUUUUGGUGCUACUGUUUGGCACAUUUCGGGUGAUAGCCAGCAAUUCGGAACGCGCCGGCACAGGCAUGACCAGCGAGGCACUCGGGGUCUCGGUGGCGCCCAGCUUUUUCCAGUCCUGCGUCAGCGAUGGGAAGACCGCCCGGAUGGAGGACGUGUUGCGGUAUAAGGCGGAAGUGAAUGUCGCAACCAAGAUCAUGAAGCAGAUGAUCGAGCAGUUCGCCGCGUUCGACCUGUUCGGGCGGGACAACUACGAGUAUUACGCCCGGGUCACCGGUCGGGUCCUGCGGGUUCAGGACGAGUGGAUCUGCUCGUUCCGCUAUCCACCUCCACCCAGGGGGAAGACGGCCCAGCAGAACUAUGCAUUGAAACUAGCUUUAGAAACCGAGAAAACCUGGCUGCAGUGUGAAUGCGAACGAUGGGGACUAAUCGCACAGGAGGAAUCACAUUCGACGCCGGCACUGCUGACCACCGGUGGACCGAACGUGGGCAAUUCGGCCGUUUCCCUCGGCAUCAUUCCAGAGCACUCGCUGCUUGAGUCCUGCGCCCGGCUUUCGGUGUCUCUCGAGGGCCCAGGAAUCUUCAACGUGCAAAAGUCCAGCUGCUCGUCAUCGUCACAUUCGUCCUCGUCCACGACCCGGUCCGGUUCGCAGCACCACAUGACCCUGGACGAGCUGCGGGCGGUCAACCGAUACGCCGAGAGCACCAAGAGCCUAUCCUUCCUACCUCAGGUCCACGAGCGGCAAGCGGCUCGGAUGCGCACUCGGUCCGAGUGGUUCCUGGGGGAGCGCGGAGGUUCCCUGGAGCUGUGUCACGCACCCGACGGGACCCUGCUGAUGCAUCCACAGCUCGUGACGUCGACACCGAUUUCGGGCAGCAUCCUGGGUGGUGGCAUAGGAGGUGGAGCAGGAGGACCAGGAGGUGUAGGACGCGGUCAUCAUUCACAUCACGGCAUUAUCGUGGGAAACGUCGGUCUGAGUGCAUCAGCCGAGUCGGUGCAGCACGUAAAGCGAACUAGCCGCCGGAGCUCCCGCCACGGCCACCUCCAUCGGAGCUCGUCUCGGCGGAACAAGGAGAACGGAUCGUCCCGAUCGAACAGCUUCCGGAGCAAGAACCCAGGUGGCAAAGGAAGCAGCGCUGCCGGAGGCAGCGUUGAGGCGAACAAUCUGGGCAAUAGCAGUCUGGCGAAUACAGCGAGUGGGGGAGGCGUAGCGAGUACGAAAGAUCAUCACCGGAUCCGAAAGCAGCGGGCGGUUUCGUUCGAACAAACGUCGGCUCCGACGGGGACCACCAUCACGUCGUCCACCUCCGGCUGCCCGGUGGUGGUAAUGUUGGGGAUGAAUCCGAAAUGGCGCGAGUUCUCGUCGAAGUCGCUGGACGAUAAAAAAGUGCUCACCAAACAGAACAAUAUUAGCGCGCUUGUCGAUGGGGGAGAUUUGGCGAUGGAUGACGGUACUGCCAUUGGAAGAAGUGGGAUUGUUGGUAAGAGUGGAUCCGGAUCUGGUGGCGCUGGUUCGCUCACUGGAGGGGCUGAUAGCGACGGGGAUUGGCCCAUGAUAGAUCAGAGCCAGCCGCAACAACAGCAGGCGCCACCUCCACAACCGAGUUCGAUGCUGCAUCAUUUUAAGCCACCGCGAAUAUGAUUUUAAGGUAAUCUCGUUUAAUAUGCUACAACAAGUACAGGUAAUCAGGGAGAAAAAGGGAAACUCGAUUUCAUUCUUUUAUUUAAGUGUCUAUUAUACAUAUAGGAAACACGCGCGUGUGCGUUCGUCGUUUAGUUAGACAAUUACGUAAAAUUUUUGCUAGAUUAAUACUCGUCUCGUGUAAAAAAGAACUGAACUUUAUUCUGUGGGAUAGAAACGUUUCGCUGAACGGUUCGGAAUGUGUUGUGCUGGUAGGAACUCAUCGAAACUCGUCGUAAAAAUUGAUGUAACACUGACAAAAAAUGUUUCUGAUUUCGGAUUUUCCACUAGAAUUCCAAACUGUUUCAAUUCCAAAUUGAUGAAUCAAUAAACUCAUUUAAAAAAAUUGCCGGCGAGAACAAACAUUAUAAACAUUUAAGAACGAAAUUCUUUACUAUAAACAUUUGGUAGCAUUGACAAGAACCGAUGAAUGAAUGCUUUCACUGAGUGAGAGUCGCGAAGCAAUAAAACGCCAAAUUAAGCAGAUAGUUCAACUCUCAUACUCUCAGCAUUCACAUGUACUGUUGAUUGCUCGCUAGAAACUGAAAUUGAAACGACAUUGAAACACUGAACUUAUUGAAUAUCCAUUUAGUUUUUUAGUAUCUUUUAGCAAAAUUACAUCUUCGACGCUACCAAAAACAUCGCCCCAAAAAACACGCAAAACGGUAACGAAAAAUCCGAACCAAAUCGGUUGUGUUGUGGUGCUAGUAACGACAGCCACUGCUACGGAAUAAAUUCUCACUUUCUGCUUUCCACCGAAGAACACAGAUCUCAGCACUAAAAAAUACCUUCUUCACAUCCGGCUUGAAAUGCACUGCAGUUCGACGCCACUUCGGACCUGGAGACAAUGCUUGAACUCGCCAAAAUUCAAUUAUCGAUGGAAUAAAAGUCACCAGUCAUCCAGUCAUUCACGAUUUAUCAGUCAACCAGGUAAUACUUCCAAUAAAGCCGAAUAUAUUCCUAAAAUCACACAAGUUCGCUUCCAGCAAAAAUUUAUAUAUCAUUCCGUUAUUUAUUACUUGGGAUAUUAUUUUAGAAUACAUCGAGAUUUUUAAAACAAUUCUUCAGUCGAAAAGCUCCGAGGAGACGAUUCGAUCUAUGCUUCAUUCUUGUUCUCUCGAGCAGAAUACACGUACUGCAGUCAGUAUGCACCGCGAACAUUCCUCUCGUGCUAGAUGCAGUGCGGGCCCAGGCGAUUAUAAAUUUGUCUCCCACCACCGUUGUCUGUUUGAUAACGCAUCAAAUCAACAAUUCCUACGUGUGAUUCAAUCAUACAUAAACAAUCUCCAACUAACGAGGUGGAAACCGACGCGGUGCAUUCUAUUUUAUAUUUCCCUGCUGCUUUGCUACUGCCCGUUAGUGCAGUGCUAUGCUUGCUUCGCGCUUAUUCUGAGAAUGUAUUCUGAGGCACAGUAGCAAAAUAGGAGCUGGGGUUGGCCAGGACGAGCACAAUAUUUAUAGUGCUUUCACAGCCAGCCGAUGACAUGAACUGCUGACCGAUUUUGACUGAGAUGGACUUUUUUGGGAUUUCAAUGGUUUGCUUUCAAAGCAAUUUUUAUGCUUUUGAAACAAGUUUUUGGGUCAAUAAGUAUCAAACAUCACUCAUACACCUUUUAUGUUUCGAAUUAAACUUCGUUCAGCCGACAAAGUGGUCCGCCUCAUAUCCCUACAAAGGUUUGAGCAGGACGAUUUAUUUUAUAGAUAAAAUUUAUGUCUAAGCAUAUCAAGAAACCAUUAUUAUAAAAAAAAAAUUAAAACGCACUGGCCCUGUUGCAGGCAGCACUUUCUAUUAAUUGAACAUCAUGAAUAGGCAUACACUGUGAAAAAAACAUAAACAAUGCUCCUAUUCGUAUUGACAUUGACAUAAUCGUAGUCUCAUCUUCAGGCAGAUCACGUCUAUUAUUAAUAUAUAACUGCUUUGCAGCCCAGUUAACGAACGGCCUGUUAAAGAUAAGCCCCGUUAGCGAAUGAUUGCUGUAUAUGGCUGAUAGGGCGAUGAAAGUGUUAAGCAAGUGUCUUCCGGGUUGCGGCAACAUGGGCAAUUGUACAGUGAAAAAUGAUAUCAAUACUACGAAGAUGGCAGCGACUAUCAUGUGAGGACUGAGACCAGCAUUGCAUAAGAUAUUAGUAAUCUUCAUGAUUCAUAUCCUCAAUUCUCAAUGACCCAAUUCCUUCUAUCUCAACUAUCUCAAUUCCAGCAGUAGAAACAAUACGAAUUGAGCUUGAAUUAUCCGAAAAACGAGAACUCUGAUUUAACAAACGAAUGGGAUUCGCAAGAAAAAUGGACCGUUAGGUAGGUAGGUAAAAAAACGCAUUCAUACGAAAACUGAAGUGUGUCCCACAUCAAAUUGCAUCACGGAAAAAAGCUGUAAAAAAUCACCUAGUUGAUCGAUCCUUUUCAAACUUUUAGACAAUAAAUUGUAACCCAUUAGUGACAUUUGGGUUAUUUAUUCAUUCAACUUCAAGACCAUAACCGUAUUCUCGCACUUUACGCUUAACUCUACUCAUAAGGUUCUAUACACCAUCUGACGGCAGUUUCUUCUGUGCGGAAACCCACUUUUUCUCCAUGUCUUCCUCAGAUUUUACCUCCUUGGGAUGCUUCCGUUGUGCCUGCUUCAUAAUAGUCCAGUAUUUUUCGAUGGGGCUUAGUUCCGGUGCGUUGGUUCAUGUCAUUGGGUACGAAAGUAACCCCGUUGGCUUCGUACCACUCCAGGACAUCUCUUGAAUAGUGGCACGCAGCUAGAUCCGGCCAGAAGAUCGCAAGGCCCUCGUGUUGCUUCAACAGAGGAAGCAGAAGCUUCUGUAGAUACUACUUGAGGUAGUUCUGCCCGUUCACAGACCCGGUAGUCACGAACAGAUCUACCUCACGUUUGCCACAUGAGUAGAUCCCUUAGCAAAUCAUGUAUUUCUUGGCAAACUUUGAAAAUUUCUGUUUUCUACCUCUUCCGGAACAUGAAACAUGUGCUGGGUGAUGAAGAACAAUAGUCCUGGAAGCUGCCGGAAGUCCGCCUUGACGUAAGUCUCAUCAUCUCUUAUAAGACAAUGAGACUUCGUCAGCAUCUGGGUGUACAGUCUCCGUGCCCGUGACUUUUCCACCGUAUUUUGCCGUUUUUUUUGGUUUAAAUAUUUCCAAGUUCAAUCGCCUCAAGGCCAAUUAAAAAAAAACUAAGCUAAACUCUUGGUCUUCAGAACGGCCAUUUGGAAUGCCUGGCUGCCGUUCGAUCGCUAGCUAGAUGACUGAUGAAUCGUGAAUGCUGUGAUCUGAAAUCGUGAACUAAUUGUUUAUACCCGAUAAAUUGAAAACGGGUGAAGCUUAAAUUGCAAUAUUUUCUCUAUCCAUAUCGUCCGUAGAACGAACGCUGCAUUUUCAUUUCAAGCGAGCGAGUCAUGCGCGUCGGAUUCACAGUAGUAUACAAAUGCUAAGUCUCGCUGAUACAUUAGUUCUAUAGAGAUGAAUGAACUGCAAAGUUUAAAGCAUCUCUGAAACAAAAGAAGAAGAUAAAUUAGUUGCUCGUUAUUGAUAGCACCGAUAGGUAAUCACACAAAUGUAUAGGGACUGUAUUUUAAACCAUUUACGAAAUAUGGAAUCGUAAUGUAGAGUAUAUCGAACAAAUCUUAGAGAAUUUCUGAUUCGAUUGAUAUGCAGAUCAUUAAAAUAUUGUCGCAGCAAAAUAGUUAUUACCAGGGCCCUAAAUCUUCGAAGAUGAAAAAUGAAUAUCGACUCUCCUCUCAGUGGCUUCGCAUCGGCUAGGACUACUUUAGCAUUCUCUGUGAACAUAAUGAAUUGACAAGAAAAUGGAUUGACGAACGUUUAGAGCGAGGAUGACUGAUGAACUAUUCUAGUCAAUGGUUAUUCUAUUUGACGUGAAGUAAUAGAAGUCUUCAUUACACCUGACUUCUACUCCCCCUGACACGAAUCUUGUUACCUGCGUAUAUAAUCUUAUUUUUUAGUCCAUAUAAAGUGAAACGAAAACUUGAUUUUUGAUGCAAAAAAGUCAGAGGAGGUUGUGUCCGAGACACGACUGCAUAGUUGACGUAGGAUUACGUUAGGCUAUCUGUCGCAUACUGAUUUUGGAUAUGUUUGAAAAACUAUAUUGUUAAUGAUCUGGUGGCCCUGAAAAAGGCCGUUUCGUUUGGUUAUUGGGUAUUUUUUGUUCCAGUGUUACAAUCGAGUUCUCGGCAUCAGUGAUAGAAAGUUGUUUCUAUCCCGAUGCACGUUUACGGGAGCGACCAUCAAAGUGUCAUCACUCGUGAUGUUUCCUGUUGCCUCUAGUAGUGGACCGAUGCAAGACACAGCUCGAUUGUUGAUGUUAGGCCUCGAUGUUCACCGCAGCUACUGCUGCUACUGCCACUGUUGGUCGCUCCGAUUCGAUUUUUUUUUUUUAUCCAAAAUAUAUAUUUUUGUUAAGGCUCAUAUGGCGUCAACCUGACGGGGCCGGGAGUUCAAUAUUUCGACAAUGUUUGCCUUAUAACUAUGUUAGUAAUAUGUAACCGAUUACUCGCGGUUGGCUCGAGGUUAGUAUUACAAGUGUUUUCGUAAUUGUGAUGUUGCUGUCUUCAAUGAUCUGUACCUGUGCCCGACACGGGAUACUUCCUAUUGGGAUGCAGCUGACCAUUAAUCAGCAACGCCCCCCUAGUCUGUACCCCAUAUCUAGCGGGGUGCGUCUUCUCGAGGAAUCCAGGAUAGAAUGGUCACUAGCCGGCGCAAUCAUCAGCUCGUGUAGAGUUGUCAUGAGCGGUACAACCUUUGGCUUUUGUUGAAUCAUCAGUGGACUGCACAACCUUUGGCCCGUGUAUCUGUAAAGAGUGUGUGUAUGUAUUGCCGCGACUAAGUAAAAGUUUAUAGAUCGGAUAGGAGGGAUACGAAACAGGGACACAAAGAAGGAAACAUCAUUAAACGUUGACAUCGGCGUUUCUGAGGAACAGGUAUAGAUGAAGCAGAAGAUCAGGAUCACGGCUACCUAAGAUAUCCCGGACGGGGAUAUCCGAUUGUCUGCCUUUUGCUCUCAGUGCUCUAGAGAGCUGAGAGCGAGCAGCAUGGAACCGGAUACACGACCAGACAAUAUGCUCGAUGUCGUGGUAGCCAUCGCCACAAUCACAAAGAUUGUUUGCUGCGAGCCCAAUUCGAUAGAGAUGCGCGUUUAGGUUGUAGUGAUUGGACAUAAGCCGAGAUAUCACGCGAAUGAAAUCACGACCGACAUUCAAUCCCUUAAA